AUGUCUCCUCUUCCGAUCCCGCCGGAAAUACUUAUUCACAUCAUUACUCUCCUGGAUCCUCUAGGCGUUUGGUCGCUCAGCCAGACCUGCAGGUACCUGCGUCACGUCAUAAGGCCUGGGCGGAACGAGAAGUUGGCAUUGCUCCUCCAGUGGGAGGGUUCCCGCCUUCUCGGUGGAGGAACGAAUCUGUUCAUCGGGAACAGCUUCAACCCCAGUUCAGAUCUCAGCCUGUGGGAAAGAAAUCUUUGGGUUUGCUCCGGGUGCAUGACUUUCCUCCGCCACCAACACUUCAACAACCACUCCCUCCUCAAGCUCGGAUACAGAAAGCUAGAUCCGGAAACCUCCCGCCAACACUGCCUCACAACAUGGAGACCGACGCUCCGCGGCAAGAAACGGGGGCAGGAAGGACCCAAGUACUCGGCAUCUAACGAACAUGCUCGCCACGGUGCAAAGCGCCACCUUCGGCUCUGCAACGAGUGCCUCUUCCGUCAAGGGAAGCUGAAGUACCAACACGCCUCCAUCCACGGCUUCCACGGCGGCACGGCCAGCACACCCAUCCAGGUCAGCCGGUGCGUCCGCUUCGUGUGCGCGUUGGAUCGGUACUUCCCCAAGGUAGGCCGCUCGCUGGGCCACCCGGAGCCCGAGGACGACCUCUUCGCGGACCAUCUACGCGAGGAAAUAGCAAGUAGAUGGGUGCUCUACAUGAUUCGAUGCCCAGACUGCAGCCUGUGGCAGGAGCUGAGCUCGUUCCGCGUCGGGGGCUCGUUUCCGAGCUGGAGCCCAACGCAUGACGGCCACGGCCUGGUGCGGUACCGCGGGGGGCUGAAUCAAGAGGACUUCCACAUUGAUGAGCUGUGCUGCCACAUGUGUCUCUUCAAGAGGUUUGGCUUCUCGGAGCUGUGUGUCGAUCUCCUGGACUGGUACGGGCUAUUGAUGAAAUCUACAAGAUUCCACAUUGACCAGCAGCUCCUCAGUGGUUGGUCGACGAUCAGGAGAAACCAGCGCCGGUUCAGCCGCCAGUACAAGAAAGACAUCCGGAGGCUGCUCCAAGACACGGAACACAUGUACCACAAGCGCUAUCGCGCCAACAGCGAGCUAGGGUAUCUGCAGGUGGCUCUGGUCCAGUUCCGUCACCGGGAGUUCAAGGAGAUUUGGGAGAAGAUGAUGGAGACUGACAGUCACAUCGCAUACGGCGAGAUGGGAAUCAGGAGCGGCUUCAUGUUUUGGCUCAAUGAUUUCGACAAGUGUCUAGAGACCUGGCGAUGGCUUCGGGCGUGCCAGGACGCGGUCGAGAGUAACCCUGGUCUGUUGGGGUGGUGGGCUCUGUGCCAACCCCGGCUGCAUUAUCACGGCGUGGACACGUAUCUACGACGAAACUGA